GGCUUUUGCAUCCGGGGCUCUGCCUCUUGGCUCUUGGCGGGGGUGCGUAGGGCUGGGAAAUGGUGUCGCCUAGCAGCCACCACUGCUGUCGCUUGCUAGAGGCCCGUUUGUCAGGAUCACCCGUGUCCGGGGUGCCACCGCGCUGGGGAGCGAGCAGGCGUGGUGGCGGGACGCGCCUUGUGGGUGCAGUCGAUGAAGUACCGCUGUUGGCGGACACACUUGGUCUAGAAGGUAAACCGUGGUGAAAGAAUUCAAGAUGCCACCUAACGUAAACUGGAAAGAAAUCAUGAAAAUUGAUCCAGAUGACCUGCCUCGUCAAGAAGAAUUGGCAGAUAAUUUACUGAUUUCCAUAUCCAAGGUGGAAGUAAAUGAACUAAAACGUGAAAGUCAAGAAAAUGUGAUACACCUUUUCAGAGUUACUCAGUCACUAAUGAAGAUGAAAGCUCAAGAAGUAGAACUAGCUUUGGAAGAAGUUGAAAAAGCUGGAGAAGAACAAGCAAAAUUUGAAAAUCAACUAAAAACUAAAGUAAUGAAGCUGGAAAAUGAACUAGAGAUGGCCCAGCAUUCUGCAGGUGGGCGUGACACUCGGUUUUUACGUGAUGAAAUUCGCCAACUUGAAAAGCAGUUGGAGCAAAAAGACAGAGAAUUAGAAGAUAUGGAAAAGGAAUUGGAGAAAGAAAAGAAAGUUAAUGAACAAUUGGCUCUUCGAAAUGAGGAGGCAGAAAAUGAAAAUAGCAAAUUAAGAAGAGAGAAUGAACAGCUUCGUCAGGAUAUUGUUGACUACCAGAAACAAAUAGAUUCACAAAAAGAAACGCUUCUGUCAAGAAGAGGAGAAGACAGUGACUACCGAUCACAACUGUCUAAAAAAAACUAUGAACUUGUCCAGUAUCUGGAUGAAAUUCAGAAUUUAACAGAAGCUAAUGAGAAGAUUGAAGUUCAGAAUCAAGAAAUGAGGAAAAACCUAGAAGAGUCUGUACAAGAGAUGGAGAAGAUGACUGAUGAAUAUAGUAGGAUGAAAGCUAUAGUGCACCAGACAGAUAAUAUAAUGGACCAGUUGAAAAAGGAGAAUGAGUACUAUCGACUUCAAGUGCAGGAGCUUACAGAUCGUCUGAAUGCAAGAAACCAAGAAGAUGACCCAGUCAUGGCAGCCGUCAAUGCAAAAGUAGAAGAAUGGAAGUUAAUUUUAUCGUCUAAAGAUGAUGAGAUUAUCGAGUAUCAGCAAAUGUUACACAAACUGAGGGAAAAGCUGAAGAAUGCCCAGCUUGAUGCUGAUAAAAGUAACAUUAUGGCUCUACAGCAGGGUAUACAAGAACGAGAUAAUCAAAUUAAAAUGCUCACGGAACAAGUGGAACAGUAUACAAAAGAAAUGGAGAAAAAUACUUUUAUCAUUGAAGAUCUUAAGAAUGAGCUGCAGCGUAACAAAGGAGCUUCAACACUUUCUCAGCAGACUCACUAUAUGAAAAUUCAGUCUAAGGUUCAGCUUUUAGAGGAGAAAACCAAAGAGGCUGAGAGGACAGCUGAACUGGCUGAAGCUGAUGCUCGGGAAAAAGACAAAGAACUAGUGGAGACCCUGAAGAGAUUGAAGGAUUAUGAAUCGGGCGUAUAUGGUUUAGAAGAUGCUGUUAUUGAAAUCAAGAAAUUUAAAAACCAAAUUAAAAUCAGAGAUCGAGAGAUUGAAGCAUUGACAAAGGAAAUCAACAAACUUGAGUUGAAGAUCAAUGACUUUCUUGAUGAAAAUGAGGCACUUCGAGAGCGUGUGGGCCUUGAACCCAGCACAAUGAUUGACUUAACUGAAUUUAGAAGUAGCAAAAACUUAAAACAGCAGCAGUACAGAGCUGAAAAUCAGAUUCUUUUGAAAGAGAUUGAAAGUCUAGAAGAAGAACGACUUGAUCUGAAAAGAAAAAUUCGCCAAAUGGCACAAGAAAGUGGGAAAAGAACUGCUGCUUCAGGGCUUACAACUGAAGACCUUAAUUUAACUGAAAGCUUUUCUCAAGAGAUUAGACAAGGAGAAAGAACAUUUGAUUUCACGAGCCUCAAAAACAUGAGUGAAACACAAUCAAAGAUUAGGGCCUCAGAUAAAAUAGAGCCACCGAACAGGAGGCCUUCACUCAAUAUCCCACGGUCAUAUCAGAAUGAGCCAGAAAAGACUGUGACCAUAGGACCCUUACCAAGAUUGGUGCCUAAAAUUGAUUAUAGCAUAGCAAGUGAAGUGGAUCCAUGUGCCUCUUUAACUAGAGAGUCUUCAUCUGUGCAAGUGAAACAUGUUAAGUCACCUCCAGAAUCUAUUACAAUAAGGGAGAUUUUUAAAGCACCGUGUCUACAGUCUUUACGAAAUCUCGAGUCAUUAAUCAGUACUUUUAGCAGAGAGAGUCACGAAGACAUAAAUGACUACUUACACUCUCUUUCUGACGACUCUCUGAAAAAAUUGUCAAGAAGUCAUCAGUCCCUUCAGAAGAGUAAUGUCACGCAGCAAAGCAAUUCACCUUCACAAGCCUUAUCAGCCGCUUCAGAAUUAAUGCAGAAGUUAUCACUUAGGCAAAAAUCUGCUGUAUUUUGCCAACAAAUUCGCGAUGGAGCUGGCAGGCCUAAAUCACAUGUAGCGCCAUCAGAUGAUGGCAAGAUUCACGACCAAACAAAAUAUGCUGAUAGCUGUUUGAAAGAAGGUAGCAGAAAGCUUGAAGAACCCUCACAGUCAGAGAUUUUGAAAAACAAACUUGAAGUAAAUCUUCAGGACCGUGUGACUGUUAUCACACAGUCAGACUUACCUCAGCUAGACCCACUUGAAAAUCUUAUAGAACAGCUACGAAGAGAACUAGUAUUUCUUAGAUCUCAGAAUGAAGUCAUAGCACAGGAUCUGUUGAUCAAAGAAGCACAGAGUAAAAAUGCAGAAAUAGAACUCGAAUACCACAGAAGCCAGGCAGAACAGAAUGAACUUCUUUCAAGAGAACUAAUUGAAAAGGAGAGAGAUUUAGAAAGAAGUAAAAUGGUAAUAGUUAAAUUUCAGAAUAAAUUAAAAGAAUUAGCAGAGGAAAAUAAACAACUUGAAGAAGGUAUGAAAGAAAUACUGCAAGCUAUUAAAGAAAUGCAGAAAAAUCCUGAUGUGAAAGAGGGAGAGACUUCUCUAAUCAUCCCUAGUCUUGAAAGACUAGUUAAUAGAAACUAUUUUUUUGAACAAGUUGAUUAG